CCUUUAAACCCUCAAAAACAAAAAGAGAGGCUAAAACCCUAAACAAAGGAGCAGAGCAGCGAUGAACAUUUACAUGAAGCGAACUCUAUUACUGAUGAGAAGCAGUAUUACUACUUUCUACGCCAACAAGCCCAAUCAUUUUCCCAUCUCACUCGUUGCCUCGACUCUGUCACGACUCAGGCUCUACUCGUCAAAUGGAAAUGGAUCCAAUUUGACCCAUACCCAGAAACCGAAUUCCUCCGUUGAUGCAGAAGACAUCAGUAAUCCAGAGCUGAAAAAGCUCAUAGAUAAAUUCUAUGCGGGCGAUGCCGAGGCAAUACCAUCGAUCUUUGAAGCGAUUUUGAAGAGGAAAUUGGCAGGUAAGUAUGAGGAAGCUGACAAGGAGUUGAUGGAAGAAAUUGUUGGGAAGACACGCGAGUCUUCCAAUGAUAUUGAUGAUGAGGAGUCUUCCGAUGAUAUUGAUGAUGAGGAGUUUGAGUCUGAUUUGGAUGAAUUGAGUGAAACUGAUGAAUAUAUUGAUGAAUUGCAUAAUGCAAAGGAGAUUGCCAUGAAGAGAAUGGCGAGGGAUGAGUAAUGUGAACACUCUACAGAUUUGUUGAUUUUUAAUCCCAAGCAUGCUUGAUGCUUGUAUCAUGUUGGAGAAUUCAAUAUGUGCAAGUUGAAUUAUUAAUUGCACUUGUUUGUCUGACCAAUCUAAGUUAUAAAAUGUAUGUGGCUGUGAAAAUUUUCUUUCUAUA